CGAUCACAGCCAACUUCACUCGACACUAUCACAUGAUCGUAGUUGGGGCAGAGCAGGGUUAGGUAGAGGUAUUAUUCAUUCUUCAAUUUAUCAGAUUCUCAAGAAAGUAGAAAAAAUGUUCCGGCAGAUAUUAUGCGUGGCUGUCACGUUAGCUGCAGUUCAAGCCGCUGGGGAACUCACUAUCUUGCACAGCCCAGAGAGUGUGACGUUCCGUGGAGAAGAGGAACUCAGUCAAACCGUGAUGACUGAAGUUUUCACUGCAGCGCUUGGAAACACUCCAAAACUGAGAAGCUCGUGGGAUGGAAUGGCAAUCAACGACAUCUUUGAUCUACCUGAGGCAGUAGUCGUUGUUGCCGUAGAAGGUGUGAAGUCCAUUGAAUCACCCAGUGGUAAACAUUACCCUCUGAUCGAAGAUGAGUCAGAAGAAACGACAUGGCAAGCUUUGAGUGGUCGUCUUGAAGAGCGUGACAAAUCUAAAACGCUUAUCAGAAUUAAUCUUGAAGAUGGCGUAGAUGCUCUGGGACAAUCCGUUCUUGGGGAGUUGAAAGUUACACCAAUCGAUGAAUCAUCUUUGAAAUCGCUUAGUGUAAAAAAUAAGUGGGACAGAGAAUUUUUGGAACAAACACAGCUGCUUGACGCUCUCACAAAGAAAGUAUCGCAAGAAAUAACUGUCGAUGACAAAGCAGAUCUUUACUGGUUCGUCGUCUCCGCACUUCCGGCUGUAAUCGAUGCUCACAGAGAUCAACCAGCUGCAGUUAAAGAAGCUUUCGCUAUUCUCAAUAAUGCUCUCAGCCGUCUCAGUAGCGCAUUCAUGGAUGCUUACAAAGGAAAGGUAAUCAUCGCUGCAUUUACAAACGAUGCCUCUCAUGCUCGACACACGCGUGCUGCAGGAGACGAAGUUACUAGAAGCAUUGACAAUAUAACGCUUUUGAAGAAGCUGCUGAUAAAGCUGGCUGGUUGGAUUCACUCCUCACUUCGUCUUUGCCUUCUUUCCAUCUCAGAAUCGUUACCCAGCCAAAUAUUAUACUAACGACUCAAUCUUUUUACUGAUCAAUUCUUUUAUUUCAUCCAGCUGUAUCCUGGUUAAUAAAUCCUCUAGCAGUCGUAACCAUCUUACUAGAUCUUCUGUUUCAUUCUAUUAUCACGCCACAACUUUGUUUACACCUCAAAACUCUAAAUGCAAGGCUUCACUUCUCACAAUCACACAUUUAUGUUGGCAUUUUUGUAGAGAAACUACACGUUAUGCAAAUCAUUUUGAUUUUUGUACUUCAUCUUUUCAUGAAAGUACAUA